AUACUGUAUAUAUGUUACAUGACUCACCAUGCCGCGUAGCUGAAGAUGGCGGUUCCCAAAAGACAACUGGUUCUCUGGAUAAUAUCUGUUGUGAACGUGUGCUCCUUCAUGUACUUUCCAGGGAUUCACGGGGAUGUUCCUGAUGAUGUUGUCUACACUGAGCUCCACAAAGAUGUAAGAAUAGGAGAUAGAGCAGUUCUGACAUGUCAGUUUCGAGGUUCACCUAUGGCUGUCUCCUGGAAGAAAGGUGACGACCCAAGAAAUUCACCAAACCUCGUCUCAAGGGUUCCUUCUGAUGAUGUCACUGGUAAAUGCGAACGUCGACGUGUGUGUGACAUCAUGGGAAUGAAUGAAAAUUAUUCCCUGAUCAUCAAAGAAGUCAGUAUUUCCGAACAAGGUAGAUAUAUCUGCAGAGUUUCCAACUACAAGGGGAACAUCAUACACAACUUUACAGAUGUCAGUUUAUAUGCUCCCCCGAAAGAACCCUAUCCAGUUAUCGAUGGGUGUACCAAUAAUGUGUCAUCGGUCAGCAACUCAGAGACUUGCAGUGUCUUGGCCAACCGAACUAUUAACUUAACCUGCUCGGUGACUAAUUACUAUCCUGAUAUAGAACUUUUCUUCUUGCAUGGAACUAGACAACUAACUACCAUAAAUAAAAAAGAGCAAACUAAUAUUGAUUCAACAAAAAACAUGUCAAUUUCCAUCGAAGCUAGCCCAAGUGAAACUUUAUACACAUGUGUUGCGUCAAAUGUACCCGGGUCGAGAGAACGGAAAGCCGCAUCGAUCUUGGUGGAAUCAUCUAUUUUUAUUCCAUCAGAAACAAUACCAGGAACUGUUGAGACUAUGAAAGAAGGAAGUCCUGUUACCAUAGCAGUGACGAUUGUUAUUCUGAUGGUUUUCCUUGGGGCUGCAGUGGUUUUCAUUCUUUGGAAAUGGACACGUCGGCAUACUCACACUGAUGGAAUACAAGGUAAUUUUGCUAUAAAAACAAUAAGCAUAUGUAAUAAAUGCAAUUAUAUCCCUAUUUAUUGCAGAAAUAAUUUCUAAUUUUAGUAACCUAAGUUACCCAUACGCCUUAGCAUUUUAGUUUUGUAUGAUAAAAUAUUUUUUUACAAGAUUAUGUACCAAGGCUUGUGAGGUCUUAUGUUUCUCGCGAAAGUCAAGCUCCCAUUGAAAAAAUCAUGAUAUUCCGGUCAGGGCACAGUAUUGGACUGGUUUAAGAAUUCUUUGCUUGUAGGAAACAAUUUUGUCUCUAUAAAAUGAUUAACUCUGGUUACAGAACAUGUCCUGUUCCUUGGGGAUCUCUCUUCUGUCUGCAACUAUGUAUUGUAUACAUUAAUUGUUUUCAUUACACAUCUGAUGCUUUUUUAUUCAUUUUAAUACAUGUUACAUGUGUAUUCGAGUUAGUGUUAUUCCCACAAAAAUCCUUAUUUCCAUUUGAAAAUGUAAAUUGUGAACUAAGAUAGUGCCGUCAUUGACUGGAUUAUCUGCAGAAAACAAGUUACAUGCUUUUAAAUUGGAUAUAGAGAGAGAUUGGUUCCAAGAGAUUUUGAUAGAGUAAUCUAUCAGCUUCUGUCUGUCUGUUUCUAUAUAUCUAUCUAUCUAUCUCUCCCCUUCUCACUUCCGAUUAAAGUUUAAAAGUAUGCUAAUGUACAUGGAGAUCUGGAUCUGUUUCAAUAUCAUUUCUGUUAUUGUUACCUCAUUCAAUCUCAUAUUUGGUCGGGGGCAAUUUAGGCAAUCAGAUAUGCAUACUGAUUUACAUAUGUACACAUUUAUAUUACAAAGAAUAUGGGACUGUACAUCGCAAUUGCUUUCAUUUGAGACUUUUCGCAUUUACCCCCUGUUUACUACAUGGUAAUUCUUUACAACACCCAAACUCCUCUGAAAAUGCAAGUCAAAUCACAACGGAGAGCUGAUAGUUUUUUGUCGAAAGUUGAUGGACAGAGGGACAGCAUCGGAAUCUCUUGACUCUGGACAACUACAUAUUUGCAAGUGUUCGUCCGGUGCAAAUCUUCAGAUGAUCUGCCUGCCAAUCCACCAACUUUGGACAAAGUGCUCUCAGUUCUCCAUUGUGAUUUUAAUUUGCAUUUUCAAAGAAAUCGAUGCGUUGUACAGAGAUUAUCCGUAGUAAAUGCGAACACUACCUUGUUUGUUUGUUUUAUUUCCGUGUAUAAAAUAACAAGUACAAAUAGUACAUACAAAUACGUAUAACAUGAGAUGAUGAGGUCAAUGUUAAGAUACAAUAAUAAAAUGUAAGAAAUAAAGUAAAUUAUACGGCUGGUAAUCCAUAUUCAGCUGCAAUAAUGCAUUGCUGCUGGUCUUCCAUAGAGCCAGUCUACUUGCAAAAAGGCUAUGAUUACCAUAAUGUAAAGGAAGUUGACCAUCAGACAUAAAAGUGUAAUAAUU